AUUAAAUGUAGCUAAAAUAAAUUGUUUGCGACCACUUACCUUAAAUUUUUUCAGUGUGUUUUGUCCUCUCUCUCUUUCUACAGUCUGUGUCCAAAUUUGAAGAUAGACUGGAAAAUAGACAUGCACAGUGCAACAAUAAUGAACACGAUUUCUAAAAGUUUUAUUUAUGUUAUUGCCUUCCUACAGAAGUUUCUGCUGGUCUUCUGAGUAAUGUUGGUAAAUGACCCCCUCUAGUGGGCAGUAAGGAACUAGUUCAAGUGCAGUUAGGUUAGUUGCUUCAUACUCAUACGUCGCUCACGUGAAAGAAAAAUGUUGGUGUUUUAUCUUCAAGAGUGGCAAGAGUUGCUGUCCGGUCUUUGCAGUUGGUAUAUCAGUUGACUAAUCCUUGAUCAUUCCUGUAUUGCACAAUUGUAUACAAUUUCUACGCUGUUUAUUUCUUUGUAAAUAAAUAAAUAAACGAUUAAAAGAUUCUGAAACUGAUCAAAGACGGCGUUCGAAAUAACAAAAUUCAAAUAUUGCUACUGUUGAUAAAAUAUUGCUACUAAACUUCCGACUUUAUUCAAUAAACUGAAAUGGUUGUAGUUUUCCAGAGUUACAGUCUUGAACUCCUUACCGGAAAAUGAAUCACUGAGUCAGAAAGUUAUUUCCUAUUUCAGAAACGUUGGGAAACACAAAUGAGAUGAAGAGAGAGAGACCGGAGGUAGAAGUCAUUCUCGCCGUAAGGAACUCAAGCGAGAGUUGUUUAUUUGACGCUGUAGGAGUCUUAAUAUUGCGUUAUUGAAACUCUCUCAGUAUUUCACGCCAAAACGCUGCAUGGAUUAGCCUAGUGAACGAACCAGGUAAAACGCUAAAUUAUUGCUCUGUUAUUAUUCAUGACUUCGCAGUACAACUUUCAGAUUGCUGCAUGUAUCCGAUCUCGUUGCGGUAAAUGCUUUUUCUUUUAAGUCAGUGAACUUUGAACUAGUUAAUCAAACAAUGACUAAGAUAUACUUAGUACAUUAACGUCUCAAAAAACGAAAUCAUUUUAAUACUAAAAUGCAUGUGUUUUUUCCACAGAGCUCUCAGAAUGGAAUAUAUAUUUAUACUGAUCCUUUUUGGACUGUGCAUCAACACUGAAGUUGUGAAGUGCACAUUGUGUUCAGUUAAUGGCUAUGCCGCCUUCUGCAUAGAUAGAGGUCUUCGUCAUGUGCCAGAGCUGCCCACGCAUGUCAAUUAUGUGGAUCUGAGUUUAAACAGCAUUGCUGAACUCAACGAAACAUCCUUUUCUCAUCUCAAAGGUCUACAAGUCCUUAAAGUGGAGCAACAAACACCAGGACUUGCGAUCAGAAACAACACAUUUAGAAGACUCUCCAAACUAAUAUUACUUAAACUAGACUACAACCGCUUCCUGCAAAUAGAAACAGGGGCUUUUAAUGGAUUAUCCAACCUUGAGAUUCUCACUCUCACUCAGUGCAGUUUAGAUGGUUCUGUUUUGUCCGGUGAUGUCCUUAAACCUCUGGUGUCUCUAGAAAUGCUUGUCUUACGUGAAAACAACAUUCACAGAAUCCAGCCGGCAUCGUUCUUUUUAAAUAUGAGGAGAUUCCACGUGCUGGAUCUCUCUUACAACAAAGUGAAGAGCAUCUGUGAAGAAGACCUCCUCAGCUUUCAGGGUAAACAUUUCACACUUCUGACCCUUGCCUCCGUGAUACUGCAAGACAUGAAUGAGUACUGGUUAGGAUGGGACAAGUGUGGAAACCCAUUUAAGAACAUGUCUGUAACCGUAUUGGACCUAUCUGGAAAUGGCUUUAAAGUUCCCAUGGCAAAGCGUUUUUUUGAUGCAAUCACUGGUGCCAAAAUCCAAGGUCUCAUUCUCAGUAGGAGUUACAGCAUGGGCAGUUCUUUUAGUCAUAACAAUUUCCCAGAUCCAGACAAAUUCACAUUCAAGGGUCUUGAAGUUAGUGGUGUUAAGAUUUUUGAUUUGUCCCAAUCACAUAUUUUUAGUUUGUCCGAUUCAGUAUUUAGUAAUUUUUCAGAUCUAGAGCAAAUUACGUUGGCACAAAAUGAGAUCAACAUUAUUGAAAACAAUGCAUUUUUGGGUAUGACUAAUCUACAAAAGCUAAACCUAUCCAACAACUUCCUGGGUAGUAUUGAUUCUAAAACAUUUCAGAAUCUAGAGAAACUUGAGGUGCUUGAUUUGUCUUACAACCAUAUAAGGAUGCUUGGAGAUCAAGCAUUUCAGGGACUCCCAAGUUUACUCAACUUAAAUCUAACAGGAAACGCUCUUGAAUCGGUUCAUGAAUUUGCAAUCCUAGCAAACCUGAAGAAACUCUACUUGGGUGAGAACAGAAUUUCAUCUUUGUCUAGUUUACCCAACAUUGCUAAAAAUCUCACGACCCUUGACCUGGAAUUCAACAGAUUAAAGGACUUGUCAGAUUUGUACACUAUACUAAGGGAAUUUCCUCGAGUAGAAAACAUCUUUCUUCGAGGUAACAUGUUUUCGACGUGUCAUAAUCAGAGACAAAUAGUGGUUUCAGACAAACUACAGCUCCUUAAUCUCGAGCUUUCAACAUUGCAACUGAUCUGGUCAGAAAGACAGUGUUUCAAUGUGUUUAACAAUCUUCACCAGUUAGAAGAGCUUUCUCUGGCUUCCAACGGGCUGCAGUCGCUUCCCAAAGACAUUUUCAAAGACCUUACUUCUUUGUUCUUUUUGGAUUUGUCAUUCAACUCUUUGAAGUACCUUCCUAAUGGUAUAUUCCCUAAAAGUCUUCAGAUACUUAAUCUUGAAUACAACUCUAUUUAUUCAGUGGAUCCAAAUCUCUUCAGCACCCUCAGCUACCUCAGCCUGAUAAAAAACCAGUUCCGUUGCGAUUGCAAGCUAAGGGAUUUCCAAACAUGGCUUAAUCAAACCAAUGUAAUCUUUUCUCACUCCAUUGAGGAUGUGACAUGUGCCAGUCCUGAGGACCAGUACAAGGUUUCGGUUGUGAGAUCCAACAUACAAUGUGAGGAUGAAGAGGAUGAGAGGAGCGUUGAAAAACUGAGGCUUGUGCUUUUCAUUUUCUGUUCUGCACUGAUUAUAUCUCUCACUGCCAGCGCCAUCAUUUAUGUCCGUCGACGGGGCUACAUCUUCAAGCUUUACAAAAAACUUAUUGAUAAACUUGUGGAUGGAAAGCAACAGGAGCCCAAUCCUGAUCGAUUCUUGUACGACGUGUAUCUUUGUUUCAGUUCCAGUGAUAUUAAGUGGGUAGAAAGAGCGCUGCUGAAGAGGCUCGACUCUCAGUUCUCAGAGCAGAAUACACUCCGCUGCUGCUUUGAGGAGCGAGACUUCAUACCCGGGGAGGACCAUCUUACCAACAUGCGAAAUGCUAUCCAGAACAGUCAAAAAACCCUUUGUGUGGUGUCUGAACGUUUCCUGAAGGAUGGUUGGUGCUUAGAAACCUUCAGUCUGGCACAAAAAAUGAUGCAAGUGGAACUUAAAGACAUUCUGUUGGUGCUGGUUGUAGGGAACAUACCGCAGUACAGGUUACUGAAGUACAAGCAAGUGAGAUCCUACAUUGAGAACAGAAGAUACCUUCUGUGGCCCAACGACAGCCAGGACUUAGAUUGGUUUUAUGACCAACUUCUGCAAAAAAUCAAAAAAGACACCAAGGUUAAGCAAACCGAACAAACAAAGGAUGACGCAACAAAUGUUCAUGCAAACACAGCUGUGUAAUUGUGGUAUAUGUGUUGUUGAUAUAUUUUGUGUUUUUUAUUAUUAUUAUAUAAGAUGCUCGUUAUCAUUAUCAAAUAAUGCAUAAUGCAGAUCUUGACUAGGUAUAAUUUUCUCAUGAUUUCUGUUUAUUAAUAUAUAAUUUAUAAUGAAAUGUUAUAAAUAAAAAUAUUUGUUUGUGAACCUACUAAUAAUUUAAGUAAAUGCCUGAAAACGCAAUCUGUAAAUAAAUGUCACAACCUAAAAAUGUUAACUGGGGAAAAAAAAGACUCCGAUAUUCACCUUAAUUUCUAAAUACAAGCAAAAGGGCAAAAACAAGGAAUAGUGAAAACACUAUGAUGCAAUCUGACCUCAUGCUUUUGGGUAAUAAUGGUUUGCACAUUGUUAAUGAAAUUUGCAAAGAAUCCUCAGAAUUGAUUAAUUCUGUCAUUUAUUUGUUGACCUGUGUACUUUGAAAAGUUUGGAAAUAGUAGCAAUCACAUGCCUGAUUAAGUAAAUAUUAAA